AUGGAUAGUCAGACGGGGAAACCAAACUCUGGCUUCGAUAUAUCCGCAAAGUACUCUGGUGUACGUACUCUAAGAAGUUUGGUGAGCUCAGUUACCUCACAACCCUACCCGAAUACUGAAACCAACACAACCCAAGAGCGUACGUCAAGAUGCAUUUAUAUACCCUGUACACUCCGCUUCCUCCGCCUCCGACUCCGACAUGUGCGGACCGUCCGUAUCUUUCUCCGCCAUCUGUUCACGCUAUUGAUCAUGAUUAACUACAUGGUUAUGUCGACUAGCACAUAA